AUGGAACCUUAGGAGAAAUUCCUUUCAUCAAGAUUGAAUUUAUUAUUAAUUGAGAGUGAAACAGAAGAAUUAGAACAAACUAAUAUUAGUUUAAUUAGUGAAUCUUUAAGAAUUUAAUCCUUUGUAGAUGAACAUAUAAUCUCCACAUUGACAAUUGAAUAUUUUAGUUUUAGAUAAAUUGAAGAUUAGUUAUUCUGUAAAUUUAUAAAGACUCAAACCUAUUUUAUCACUUGUAUAAAAGUAAUCGAUUAUUAUGGAAAUCAUAGAUUGAACUAAUUAAAUGAGUAGAGUAUUAUAUCAAUUGAGCUUAAUGAAUUGAAAGGAAUUGAAUGUCACGAAUUUUUCAUCAAUUUAGAAUCACAAUUUAUAUUAAUUUGUUUUCAUAAUUUUCAUUUGCAGAUAUACUGCAUAGAUUAAGACAACAAAAUGAAUUUACUAUCAUAACAUGAAAUCAACUAAUAAUAAUAUGAAAUGUGUAAAAGGAAAUAUUUUAAAUUAGAUGAUAAUUAAUAUAUCAUAUCUUUCUAUUAAUGCAAAACUUGGGGACUGUAUAUCUAUUGGUAAUAGAAAAUUAAAGAGUUAGUAAAUGAAGAGUUAGCAAAACCUGUCUAAAUAUCAUAUUUAGAGAAUGUUUAGAUUUGUUAAUAUAGGCUUUAUUUAAUCAGUGAGUUUGGGUAUUAUUAAUUUUUGAUGACCAAGACAAGAUAAGUUGAGUUGUAAAUUUUUUUUGAGUUUCCUGCUAAUUUUAGAUAUCUUCUACUUACAUCGAAUUGCUUCUUCUAUUAUUAUGUUCACUAUAAUUAAUCAAUUAAUAAAACUGUAAUUUUUCAUAAAAGCAAUGAAUUUAUAGCUUCAUUUGAAGGUACAGAUGUAUAAAUUCGAUUGAUGGAGAGCAUCCUUUUUGCUAAAACUCACAGUCAGCUUAAAGUUAUGUACAAUUAAGAGUGCUAAUAAAUAAUUUAACUUAAUACUUCGCAUAUUAAUUUUGAUAAUAAUUAUAAUUUGAUCUAUUGGCUCGAUGAAAGUACUAAAGAACUAAUAUUUUAUAAAAUUUCAUAUCCUAGAAAUUUUGUUUAACCAACAUAAAAAUAUAUUUUCUAAGUUAAUAACUAUCAUAUUUAAAAUAGCUAGACUAAAAUUUGCUUCGAAAUGAAAUACAUAAUUGAGAAACAAUACAACAAAAUCUAAACUUUAGAUUUCAAUUAUUAAUGUUAAAAUGAAUCCUCAAUAUUCUACAGUAAAGAAGGUUUGGAAUUACCAAAUAAAUAUGAGAUAAAACUUGAUUAAAAUUUAGAUUUAAAAUUAAAUAUUUUAGAUUAAUACUCCUUUAAAUUCCUGUGUCCAAAACACUAAAAUUUUAAUCAGCAGGAUACUAUUUUACUAUAUUAUGAAGCUAAUGCUAACACAUCUUUUUCAAUGAUUCAAACUGAAGAUUACAUUUAUUUUCAAAAUUGCCAUAAUGCAUCUAAAAGCAGAGUUGAUAUCUAAAAUUGUUAGAUAUUUUAUUUUUAAAGUUAUCUACUCCUACAUAAUCAAAAUAAAUAAGAAUUCAAGCUUAUAAGCUUAUAGAGGAAAUUAAUUAAAAAAUUUAAGAUCUAAGUUGAAAUUACUGAAAUUCUUUAAUGUUAAUAAAUUAUUUUAAUAUUUACGUCAGGUGGUGAAGAUCCUAAAGUAAUUAAUAUAUAACACCAUUAAUAAAUGUUAUUGAACGAAUAAACCAAUAAAAUCUUGAAUACAAUACAUUAAAUUUAUCUCUAAAACAAGCUAAAAAAUUAGAUUUUAACACCUAAUCACUUUUUCUUUUCAUUAGAAAACCCAAAAUUGAUUUAGUAUAAUCAAUAUUUGAUAAUUUUAAUUCGUAAAAAGGUUCAAAUUUUUAGGUUAGAAAAUAUAUAGAUUAUUUUCUUAAAGGAACUACUAAACUAAUAGUUUUAAUUCUUGGGAGUACAUUAAAUCAAUAAUUAAUUAAACAGUUAUUAUUUUGAUCUUUUAGAGAUAUCAGAAGUGUAUUCCUUCAAUUUAGACAAUUAUAAAUUGAUUAGACCUAUAAAGUACUAGAUCAAUACAAGAUAUUUGGCCUUGGCCAGUUUAAGUCAAAAUAAAACUUAUAUUUUAAUAUUUGAGAUUAGACUAAGGAAACCUCUUAUGUUGGUAAAAGUUAUCCAAACAAGUAGAAUCGAAUUCUUUUUCUAAGGCCAUAAAUUAUUUUAUUAUAAUUUUGAAGAUGAAGUUAUGAUAUAUAAUUUAGAAUAUUUUGAAUUUUAAUUCUAAGAUCCAAUUGAAUAUAAUGAAAUAGCUAUAAAAACUAACGUUACUUUUUAAAUUAUUUCAGAAACGAAGAGCAACCCUGCAAUUAGUUUAGGAUUUACAUUAAAGGGUUACAAUAAAUGUUAUCAAUUGUUUUAAAAAAGUAAUCAUUCAUCUAUAGAUUCAACUUAAAAAUAAAUAAUACCUUCUAAAUAUUUUUAUGGCUCUAUAGACCGAUUAAAAAUAGAGGACAGUGAGGAAACCGAUAUUAUUGGACCAUUAAUAUUUAUUGAGUGGGUUUAUGACAAUAUUUAAGAAAGGAGAAUCAAGAAAAUUGAUAUUGGUCCCAUCAUAUAUAAUAACUAGAGCUCUAACGAAAUUUAAAGCAUAAAUAUAGUAUUAGCUGAAAAUGAUUUUGGACAAACUUUUAUUAUUCAUCCAAUAUAUCUAUUAUUUGCCAAAGUAUUACCAAUUAAUAAGUAGUAAAUAUUAAUAUUUUUUGUGGAUUAAACUAUAUCUAAAUCUUUAAAGGGAGCUCUAUAUUCGAUAAAUGAAGAAUCAUAACAUUUUAGGUAAUAACCUAUAUUUGAGAUAAACAUAACUUUGGACCAAUCGCACAAAGAAUAUCUUGUAUUAAAAACUGGAUGA